AUGGACGCAUUUAAACUGCUGACGCGGUCCUCAAAACUGAAGCCAGCGGCCUCGAGCUCCCAGCCUGCAUCUCGGCUCCCAUCAACGGGAAAGGCAGCGCAUGCACAGCUAUUCCGGUCUGCAGAUGCCGACAAGCUCGAGUCUGCGCCAGGCAAAAAAAGAAAGCGAGCGGUUGAUAGCACCGAGCAAGAUAAUGGGGAGGUUACUGCAGACCUGGACUUUUUCCAAUCUAACAAGCGCUCCGCUCCAGCUCCGACGGCCCGCUCCAACGAGGACGAUGAAGACAAGGACUCCGACGUCGACGAGGCUAAUGACGAAGAUGCUAUGGACGAAGUGCAACGGCGCACUAUCCUUAAUUCACACAAGAUCAAGAUAACUGAUCUUCGUGACAUGGACGAUAUUCAACCUACAAUCCCAGUCAAGGAAUCGAAGAAGAAGAAGAACAAGAAGGAACUGAAGCGUGCCCGUCGCAUAUAUCCACAGCCUUUAGUUUCCUUCAAGGAACUUCGCAGUCGAUACAAUAUCUCGCGACGACUAGCAGAGAAUGUUGCGGAACAAGGAUUCACGCUGCCCACGGAGAUUCAGCUUGGCAGUCUUCCUCUCUUACUCGGCGACUCUUCUAUUCCCUCGUCAGAACCGGAUCUACUAGCAGUCGCGCCUACAGGGAGCGGCAAAACUCUGUCUUUCAUGAUUCCUGUCAUCAACAAAAUUGUUCGCCACCAUCACACUCAGCCGGAGGAGAAAGGUAUCCUAUCGGUCGUCGUGGCACCCACGAAAGAGCUUGCUAGCCAAAUAGUUAAUGAAGGACGGAAGCUUGUUGCAGGAACCGGCGUUAAAAUCACAUUGAUGAGAAAAGGAAUGAAGGUUGUCGACCGCCAGGGCGACAGCGAUGCCAACAUGCUUGAUGAGAAUGACGAGGAUUCUGCGGAAUCGGAUGAAGAAGCUGAGCAUGAAGGCCUGAAAAAGGGUCAGAACCACGCACCAGUCACCAAAAGCGAUAUUUUGGUGACCACACCCCUCAUGCUGGUGAAUUCAUUGUCAGAAAAUCAGACGACGAGCAUGGCGCAAUUGCCAUUAGUACGAAGCUUGGUGCUGGAUGAAGCAGAUGUUCUUCUCGACCCCCUUUUCCGGGAGCAAACACUCGAUAUCUGGCGCUCAUGUGUGCAUCCUGACUUACGGGUUAGCCUAUGGUCCGCUACCAUGGGAUCCAAUGUCGAGGAUAUCACUCGUGACACCGUCAAAGAGCGCCAGGCAUUAAGCGGGAACAUGCCGAAUCCACACCCGCUGUUACGCUUGGUCGUCGGCCUCAAGGACUCGGCUAUUCCCAACAUCGACCAUCGACUUGUUUACGCAGCUACGGAGCAAGGAAAACUUCUUGGUCUUCGCCAGUUACUUCAUCCAGCCGCUGCUUCCGCAUCGGACAUUCGCCUACGACCUCCAUUCCUCAUCUUCACCCAAACCAUACCCCGAGCGAUUGCCUUGCAUUCCGAACUGAAAUACGACAUUCCUGCUGAAGCCGGAGGCUCAUCCCGGAUCGCCGUGCUCCACUCCGACCUCUCUGACAACCAACGGUCCGAUAUCAUGCGUGAAUUCCGCAAGGGCGAGAUCUGGAUCCUGGUAACAACUGAUCUCCUCGCUCGAGGCGUUGAUUUCCGCGGCAUCAACGGUGUUGUCAAUUACGAUAUCCCCAAUUCCGCCGCUGUCUAUGUUCAUCGCGUAGGCAGAACCGGUCGCGCUGGUCGCGAGGGCGGCAUCGCCGUGACAUACUACACAAAAGAGGAUAUUCCGUAUGUCAAGAGCAUCGCUAAUGUGAUCGAUGCUAGCGAGAAGCUUCGCGGGGGCAAAGGCGACAAGUCUAUUCAGAAAUGGCUCCUCGAUUCGCUGCCCGACCUUUCCAAGAACUCCAAGAAGGAACUCAAGAAACACGGUGUCAAGGCUCGCCAGUCAUCAAAGCACGUUGGCAAGGACCAAGACGAUGGUAGGAACAAGCGAGCAGCUCGUAUUAGCACCAAGAGUGGCUUUGAGCGCCGCAUGGAGAACCGGAAGAGGGGUGCUAUUGAGGGAAGUCGCAGGAGAAAGGCGGCGGCUGCGGAAGAUGGCAAUAAGAGCGAGGGCAGCUGGGAUGGCCUGGACGAUUGA